GCUGAGAGCUGCGCAGCCGCCCUGCGCAUCCGUCGGCUGUUGGGGGGUAACGCAGCCAUUUCUCCGCCCCUCAUGAAAAACAUACAGGGGUGACGCUUUCCCAGCACGCUCAUGGAUCACCCGACCGAAGGUAGUCAUGACUCUUGCAGCGAACGCCGGAACUGAACUCUGCACAGCUGCUUGAAAAUCCUGAUCUCCAAACUUUCUCUCAAUUCAUCGCCUGCGCAGACAAAACAUUCCCCAUCUCCUCCCUUCCGCUCAUGUUUGUGUGUCCCCGUCAGAAAUGGAUGUAAAUCUGCAGGGAAGCAGCGGCGACGUCGCAGCGAUGCAUGUGAAGACCGAAGCUGUCGAUGAGUCCACAUCUGCGCUGGUUUCGGGCAGUCAGGAGUCGCCUGCGCCCUGCGGAGAUACCGCAUGCAGAGGAGGAGGAGGAGAAGGGGGAGGAGAGGAUCAGGCUGCAGAGGAGCUGGCUGACAACGAGCUGCAUGCAGCUGCAACGACUACCCCUGUGCUGCUGUGUAAGUGCAGACUCCAGCUCAUUAAUAACCAUGUUUCACGUGGCUCUGUCGGUUUAUGUGUUUACUUUCAAGCGCCUACUGGCUGCGAGCAUACGUGCAUGUUUUACCAACUCAAAUACACACAGCUAUCAUAAACGGUGUAAUCUACCGGCCAGGUCUAGUGUGCAAUAUAACCCUGCAUUUGACUGUUUACAAUCUGCACCAUGUGUGUAUUAGGCUAUAAAUGAUUUAAACGAUUUCUGUGACCCAUUGUAAUCCUCACGAAGCAUUUAAUUAAUACUGACUGGACUUGUAUUGUCAAUCAUCUCGUUUUUUUAUUUUUUAUUAAACAUAAUUCCUCUCCCAAAUGGUCCAUCUUUGGAGCUGCAAACAAAUGAAGUUUUCCCAAACAGGUUCAACCAAGGUCAUUUUAUCCUCUAAAGAUUUAACCAACAGAAAUCUAAUCCACUGUAUGAUUUUUUUUUUGUCCUUCUAUUAGAUCCUGUGAGCACAGACCGCUUUUUCACAACAGCAGGGGAUGGGAAAACUUACCUGAAGAUAGCUCCAGGUGAGCAGUCUGUGACUCCCAAUCUUUUAACUCAAUAACUAUCAUGCGUGACUUUUUGCGUUUGACUUAAAUCUGCAUGUAACACAAUCUUGGGCAGCGAAAGUUGUUUAUUAAAGCUACUGCAAGGAAUUUUUGACCAGUUAGGAAACAAAGUGAAAUUUGCAGCUGCGUCUCUUUAUGACCUAUGAAAGUAAACCAGACCAUCAGCGACAAUACUUAUAAUUUGUUUCUUGGAUGUGUACACCUCAUUCUGCCCCAGUUUUGACAACUUUAUUUGCAUGCUGAACCUUGUAAGGUAACAACCAAGACCUAAUGGUGCUUGUAGAGCACAAAACUUCGAUGGAUGCAGAUAAAGGAUAUACAAAUAUGCAACGUGAAAUUACAACAUGUUAAGAGGCGAAUUUUGACAUGCCUGGCUACAUAUCAAGCGCAAUGCGAUUUGCGACUUUCAGGGGGAAAGACGCGGAAGACUGACACAACAGCAGUCCAUUACAGACUGCAGCGGCACAUUAAACUAUAAUCCAUAAACGUGAAGCAGCUCAAGGCAGAACAUUUAUGAUAAUUUCUAUAUCAUUUUCUUGAAGUAAUAAUCAUCAUAUUAAUCAUUUUGCACUGCAGUCGCAGUAGUUCUUCUGCAUUACCGUCUUGGUCUGAUUGCAUUUCCAUGAAGAAAUUAUCAUAAAUGUUCUUUCUUGAGCUGCGUCACCCCGCAGCAGUGCGUAAUGGACUGGCCUGAGGUCUCGCUACAGACAAGCAGCUGCUGGAAGAGAGUAGGUGAGUUGUGUUUAGUCUCUUUGCUGAAGAAAUUAGGCAACGUUAAAAAUAUGUUUGGUGGCUAGUGCUGUGGCUGGGACCCUAUAUGUACUGUUGAUGAAGAUAGGUGCUGUUCUGAGCAUCAUUUGUGGCUAUAGAGUGGUGUUUUAGUUGAGGUUUGUUUAUGGCUCCUCAGACCACUGUGUAUUGCUAUCCUGCGGUCGUUCCUAAAGUUGGUAUAGCUAGAGAAGCAGCGGUCUGCAACAUUCAUCUCUUGAGGGGGUGUCUAACUCAGUGUUACGGUGUGCUUGACCCUAAAUUAAUUUUAAGCCGGAAUGUCCCUUUAAUUGAAGGGAGCAUAGUGCUACCUGCCAUAACACAGGCAGACAUACCUUAGUUAUUAAAUUAAUGCUCAUCUGAUGCUUGUAUACAGAGAUAUUUACAGUAGCCCAUUUAAAUUGCUGAGCUGAGCUAUGACUGUAGCCCAACUUAAACAUAUAUGUACUUGUACUGAGUUUUGAUUGCAGCAGAAAUCUCCAGCAAGGGUUAAAUUAAUCUGUAUCCUUUCCCAGCUUCAGCAAUGCCUCCUGCUCCUUCAGAAAAGUUGCUCCCCUCUGGCUCAGAUUUCUCCUCCAAAGCAGUUCUGUGUCUGAUCGAGGCAGUCGGCCGCCGCUGGGGUCUGUAUGAAACCCGGGAGCGCUCCCAGCUCUUUCAGAGUGUCCAGGAAGAGAUGGCCUCCAAGGGGCAUGUGCUCCCUGUGGAAAAGAUCCGGCGCAAGUGGAACAACCUCAUCGUCACGUACAAGAGGGUCAAAGACCGCAGCCGUGAGACGGGACACGCUAAGACUUCCUGGGAGUUUUUUGAUGUAAGUCUGACUGUACAGAGCACAGAGUCCCUCUGUUUUGCACUCUUUGCUCACACUGGAAAAUGAUGCUGAUUCUUGAGCUUAAGGACUGUACAUACUUUGUGUGUUCUGGAUGUAGUUUAACCACAGAGUGACAUCCCAGUAGUCCUUUUAUAAUGCCUAUUACAUCAGAUAUCCCUCACACUGUUGUGUAAAACUGCUUAACACAGGACGCCCCGUCCUUGGGUCUAUUAUUAUUAGCAUCACAGGAAGCCUAUUGUUCAUGCAUCCUGCUAUUUAUCUUUUUUUCUGUCUUCUUUUCUUUCUUUCUAGUUAAUGGACGCAACACUUUGCGACACUGUCGGCACCCAGAUCGUCAACAACAAAAGACACAAAGGGGGAAACACUGUCUCCUCACAACCUGGUCCAUUAGCAAAGAUAGCUGCAAAACCGAAGGUUCCACCAACUGCCACCAACAUACGCCCUAAUGGGGACUUUGCUUUGACUGACAGUGUGGCCUCAGUGGGUCAAGGUGCCAUCAGCAGCACUGCUGCCAUUACCUCAAUCACCACAGCGACGAUUAGCCCAACACAUGCUCCUGAGCUCAAGCCGCUGAUUGUCCUCAAUAGUGACAUUGUUACAACAAGUAUUCACCCAGCUUCCAUUGUGCCAUCUCCGUCUUUCAUCUCUGCACCAGUUUUCUCAGAGACAGCUUCUACUUCUCCUUCCCUCUGCUCAACCACUAACACAGACCUUCACACGUCACGCUACACAAGCCGCAAAGCGCCGUCCUUCUCUUCAGGCGUCAUCCCUUUUCGCCUGAGCAGUGCCCCGCUUAGCAACAAUCAGAACCUCCUCAGCCUCACCACCUCUCUACCCCCUUCCUCCUCCUGCCUUGCGUCACCUCUGUCCACCUCAUUAUCUGCAGAGGCUUUGCCAGGAGCAGACGGUCAGAGCCAGAGGGGAAACCAGGAGCAUUCAGGCAUCACUCUAUUCCAGGAGAUUCUAAAGCGCCAGGAGGAUCAGGCCUACCUGGAUCGGGUCGCUCGCCGCAGGGUGGAAGCCAGAGAGAAGAGGCGAGAGAGGAGGGAGGUUCGGAUGGCGGAGUCUCUCGGCAGGAUAGCCACAGCCCUGGAGCUGCUGUCCUCCAAACAGGACACAGUCAUCGCCCUCCUUCAGAGACUGGCUGAUCGGAAGUGAUUGAGGGUGACAGGCUGGACAAGAGGACACUUCUUUUUCCCAAUCUGCAAACCAUGACACUUUUCAACUCUUACAAUGAGAUGACCCAAUCUGAGAGGCUUUGACCCUUUUGUACAUAAUGUAAUUAAACAUUAUGGGUUCAUAUGAACUUUACACUUUUCUUAACCUAUCAAAGUGGAGUUUUUUCAUUUUCUUGUACACACUGAACACUCUACAACACUAAGACCCAAUAAAAACUUUCUCCUUCAACCAUC